UCACACCAAUUGGGUCGGGCAAUGACCCUCUUUUGUUGUUUCUUCUUUCACACAAAGCAUCAAUCACCCACCAUUCACAAUCAUCAAGACAUGACAAUUUGCGUUCUUACCUCUAUUUUUCUCCCAAUUCAAACCGCUACUCACAUGCUUUUCCUUCUCAUCAAAUGUGUUGUUCAUCAUACUAUUUCUUGUUGGCCCUCCAAACCCUUGUGAUCCAAGAUUCACUUUUUCCUCUAAUAUAUAUAUAUACACACACUUAACCUCAUCCCCAAUAACUAUCUCUUUCUCAGCUACCCAACGUGUUUUGUUUUCUUCAGCUUAGUGCCACUUUGGUAACAACUUAGAAUCACCUUUGUUUUUCUUGGCUAAGUAUCAAAGCUGAUGCCUUUAUGAAUUGAUUAAUGGAGCAAAACAAGAUUCUUAUCAUUGACUUUAUAUAUUUUCAUUCAAGUUUUUUUUUUUUUUUGGGGCAUGUUUGGUGUUAGAUUUGAAUGGGUAUUUGAGGAUUUACAUAUCAGACCCAAUGAAUUUGGAAUUAAGUCUUAGUGGUAGUAGUAGGAGUAGCUGUACUGGGUUUUGGUCUCAAAGCAGUGAGUUUUUCUUGUCUGAAACAGAAAUGUUUCUUUUCCACUUAUCUAAUUUUUAACUAGGUCUGAAACAAUUAGUAAUUGAUUUUAAGUUUGUCCAUAUAUUAUCUGUCUUGUUACUAUGUUAAAUUAAUGAUCAAGUGAGAGUUUUUGUACAAAAUGACUUUGUCGUUAGCGUGAUGUAUGUUUGAAUCUAUUCACGUACUAGCUUAAAUUUUGAGGGGAGUAAAGGAGGGUGCGGUAGGCUGUAAAAGUUGUCUAAUUAAGGAAUGAAAAGAGCAGCGAUAUACAGCUGUGUACCCCAAAUGCAGGAUCAUUGGCCUAUCAAAAAGGCUCUGACAUUGUCUGAUGUAGAUAUCACUCAUCCAUUCCUCACUUUGUCUCGGCAACAAGUGGAGAACCACAUUGUGUUGCAUAUGACAACAGAACAACAGGAGCAUUUGAGAGCCCAAGGCCAAGUAGAUUUUAAUGCCCGAGAUGAUGAUACAGGUGAGAUGUAUGUGAUGAAGUUGAAAUGGCGGGGAAGCUAUUACAAUCUGAUUGGUAAGUGGGGCAGAGUUGUACGAGGGAAAGGACUUGAUGUAGGGCAAGAGAUUAAAAUACGUUGGGAAAAUGGGUGCUUGCACUUCUCGGUCCCACAGCAGCAGAUUGUUGCAGUCCCACCAAUUCGGAUGGUUGCAGCACCAGUAGUGCAGGACCAUUGGCCCAUUAAGAAGAUCUUGACACUCUCUGAUGUGGACACCAAUCAUCCAUUUCUCCCUCUGCCACGUCGAUUAGUUGAGGAUCAUAUCCUUGUGCAUUGGACACCUCAGCAACAAGAACAGCUGAGGAAGGAGGAGCAUGUGAAUGUAAAUUCCCGAGAUUAUGAUACUGGCGAAGGUUAUAUAAUGAAAUUUAAGUGGAGGGGGAAUUACUAUAACCUUAUUGGGAAAUGGGGAGCAAUAAUUCGGCAGAAGGGACUUGGUGUUGGGAAAGAGAUCAGAUUGCGCUGGGCAAAUGAAUGCUUGUUCUUCUCAGUUCCCCAGGAGCGGUAUGUUGCCACAGCCUCGGCGAUGGAUAACUGGCCUAUUAAGAAGGCACUUACAUUGUCUGAUGUGGAUACCAAUCAUCCAUUUCUUACUUUGCCCGGUAAGGCUGUUGAAGAUCAUAUUCUUUUUUACUGGUCACAGCAAGCCAGAGAACAACUGAGAAAUGAACAUCAGAUGAAUAUUAAUGCUCGAGAUGAUGACACUGGUGAUACCUAUUUGAUGAAGUUGAGAUGGCGGGGGAGUUACUAUAAUCUCAUUGGAAAAUGGGGAAAAAUCAUUAGAGGGAAGAAACUUCAGGUUGGAAUGGAGAUCAGACUGCACUGGGAUAAUGGAUGCUUAUUCUUCUCAGUUCCUCAGUUAUAGCAUUGGCCAACUUGUAAAUGUAGGUGAACCACCAUAUGGCUUUUCCCAUUUCAACAUGGAAUGUGCAUUGGAAAUUAAACUAUUUCAGGCGAAUGGCUUGGCAGAGCUGGAUUUAAAUCUAUCGAGGCAGCAAGUGACUGACCUAGCUAAAAAUUUAUCAGGCUCUAAAGAUUUCAAAGACAAAAUACCCAUGCUGCAAGAGAAAUCUGGUCAAACGGAUUUUGUCUGGACCAGCAGAUUGUCUCUGCUGAGCCUUCUGCUGCACAUUGCAUGCAUAUAUCUUCUGUUCAGCAAUAAUAACUAGAAGAUUCCAGCUACUUGGAAGUCUUCAAGCCAGUCAUAAUCCUUAAUGAGCUGUUACAACUGCAGUCAAUCCUCGACCUUUGCUUUUACAGAGAAAAGGCAGUUGCUUUCGACCAGAUGUUUAUAAAUUGAUUCUUUCGUACAGCCAAUUGGAUAUUCUUGAGUUGUGGGAAUUCCUUUUUACCAAGAAUUAUGAGGAACCUCAGAGGUUUUGGGCCCUCAAAGGAGGAAUUGGGGAAGUCCUCAGUGAUUUCGUCUAUUGGUAAGAGCACAAUGCGUGAUGUGUGGAUUAGGUGCACAUCACAAGUUCGAACUCUGCCGCAGGCAAAAUCCUAGUAUUUAAGUGGAGAAGGAUUAAGGUACAGGUCCAUUAUCCACCGAACUUCAGACUCUGCACCAGUUGGCUCUCAAAAUAUUUCAGUUGUCAACGAAAAUAGAAGAGAUUUUGGGAGCAUAUACCUUGUGAAAAGGAAGGGUACAUAAUUUGUGCAGUCAGGAACUGGUGAAGCUGGGGUAUCAGAAAGUGACUGCAUCAUAGGAUUUAUUUGCUGUCAUUAGUCUGCUGAAGCUGAAAGCAUUAGACCCGAACAUAGCACUUGAUCAAAUUGCUUCUCUAGCUGCAUGGGAUUUUUGCAUCUGCUGUUGUAUCCAAGAUUUCAAAGACAAAAUACCCAUGCUGCAAGAGAAAUCUGGUCAAACGGAUUUUGUCUGGACCAGCAGAUUGUCUCUGCUGAGCCUUCUGCUGCACAUUGCAUGCAUAUAUCUUCUGUUCAGCAAUAAUAACUAGAUGACUCCAGCUACUUGGAAGUCUUCAAGCCAGUCAUAAUCCUUAAUGAGGUGUUACAACUGCAGUCAAUAUGACCUCGACCUUUGCUUUUGCAGAGAAAGGACAGUUGCUUACCAGAUGUUUAUAAAUUGGUUCUUUCGUACAACCAAUUGGAUAUUCUUGUGUUGUGUGAAUUCCUUUUUACCAAAAGUUAUGAGGAACCUCAGAGGUUUUGGGCCCUCAAGGAGGAAUUCGAGAAGUCCUCAGGGCUUUCGUCUAUUGGUAAGAGCACAACGCAUGAUGUGUGGAUUAGGUGCAUGUCACAAGUUUGAACUCUGCCGCAGACAGAAUCCUGGUAUUUAAGUGGAGAAGGGUUAAGGUACAGGUCCAUUAUCCACCGAACUUCAGACUCUGCACCAGUUGGCUCUCAAAAUAUUUCAGUUGUCAACGAAAAUAGAAGAGAUUUUGGGAGCAUAUACCUUGUGAAAAGGAAGGGUACAUAAUUUGUGCAGUCAGGAACUGGUGAAGCUGGGGUAUCAGAAAGUGACUGCAUCAUAGG